AUGACGUCCACGCUCGAGUUCCUCGUGCUUGCUCUGGCACUGCCGUUAGGGAUCUUGGCCUCGCCAUCUUUUAUUCUCUCUAGAGCCGUGUCCCCAGACAACACAUGCGGAACAACUGGCAAUGGAGGCAACCCGUCCGCAUUCUCUUGUCCAACAGACCUUCCAUGCUGCUCCGUGAAUGGAUGGUGUGGUAGCACCGACGACUACUGCCUGACUUCCAACGGCUGCCAAGGCCAGUUUGGCACUUGCACGCAGGACGGCAGCCCACCGGCCGGCGGAGACGGCGGUGAUGGGUCUUCGGGCAACACGCAAUGUGGUCCUGACAAUGGAAACGCAAGUUGCGCAUCAAACGAAUGCUGCUCCGCUGUUGGAUACUGUGGAACAGGCCCAGACUACUGCAGAGCCCCGGACUGCUUAUUCCAGUUUGGGCCGGCGUGCGAUGCUAACCAAGUCCCUUCGGGUCAAAACACCUCCAGCAUCGCCCGUCCUCAGCUUGGUCAGGUUGCAUAUGGAGGUCCUGGGGUUUACAGCUGCGCGAACCCAGGAGACGUUGCUCUGACUUUCGACGAUGGUCCGGACAAGUACACGUCUGAUCUUCUGGAUCUUCUCAAACGGUACAACGCUUCGGCGACCUUCAUGGUCACAGGCAACAACAACGCCAAGGGCGAGAUCGAUAACACGACCCUGCCUUGGGCGAACAUCAUCAAGAGAAUGUACAGCGAGGGUCAUCAGAUUGCCAGUCAUACAUGGUCCCAUGCUGAUUUGUGCAACAUCACUUCGGCGCAGCGCAAGGAUGAGAUGUACAAGCUGGAAAUGGCUCUGCGAAACAUCAUUGGUGUCUUCCCUACCUACAUGAGGCCCCCUUUCUCCUCAUGCAGUGCCGAGUGCGGCUGCGAGGAUGACAUGGCUGCGCUGGGCUACUCUGUCAUCUAUUUCGACCUGGAUACCCAAGACUACCUUCACGAUAGCCCAACAGAGAUUGCCCAGUCCAAAACAAUCGUCGACCAGGCCAUAGCCGCCAAGCCCGCUGCCAGCGACAACUUUCUCGUCAUUGGCCAUGACAUCCAUCAGCAGACGGUGUACAACCUUACAGAGUAUAUGCUUCAGAAGUUCCAGGGUAAGCAAAUGGUUACCCUUGGCGACUGUCUCGGAGACCCUAAGGCAAACUGGUACCGCGCCGACACCCGCACCACUCUUGGCGCUUGA